AAUGCCCCGUCGUUUCAACUUUCCGUAAAACCCAUGGACUCUUUGCUUUGUGUGUGCCAUUGAAUCAUAGCAAAGAUCUUUCCCUUGUCACUGUCCAUCUUCCUUCUUCACCAACUGCGCCAAGAAAUUCCAAAUGGUUCUCGAUUCAACCAUUGACUAGUGAUUUAUGAUGAAGUCUAGGUUUAUGGGUUGAUUUUGUGGAAUCCGGUUAAAUUUGGAGCUUUUUGUGGUGUUGGUCAAGUAUAGUGGAAUUGGUUUGCUUGUAGUUUGGUGCAAGAUAAAGUGAGUUGAGAUGAGUGUUGUGGGGUUUGACAUUGGCAAUGAGAACUGUGUCAUUGCUGUGGCAAAGCAGCGUGGGAUUGAUGUUUUGUUAAAUGAUGAGUGUAAACGCGAAACCCCUGCUGUGGUCUGCUUCGGCGAGAAGCAACGGUUUUUGGGGUCUGCUGGUGCUGCUUCUGCUAUGAUGCAUCCUAAGUCCACAAUAUCUCAAGUGAAGAGACUGAUAGGCAGGAAAUUCACGGACCCUGAUGUGGAAAAAGAUCUGAAAAUGCUCCCUGUUGAAACUUUUGAAGACCCUGAUGGUGGCAUUUUGAUUCGAUUGAAAUACUUGGAGGAGACUCAUACCUUUACCCCAGUUCAAAUAAUGUCCAUGCUCUUUGCUCACUUGAAGACUUUGGCUGAAAAUGAUUUGGAGACACCUGUCUCGGAUUGUGUUAUUGGGGUCCCAUCAUACUUUACCGACUUGCAGAGACGGGCAUAUCUUGAUGCAGCAAGAAUUGCUGGGUUGAAGCCUUUGAGAUUGAUCCAUGAUUGUACUGCUACUGCCCUCAGUUAUGGAAUCUACAAAACAAGUUUUCACAGUUCAGGUCCAAUAUAUGUUGCAUUUAUUGACAUUGGUCACUGUGAUACUCAGGUCUCAAUUGCAGCAUUUGAGUUUGGGCAAGUGAAGAUACUUUCACAUGCUUUUGACAUGAGCUUAGGGGGAAGGGACUUUGAUGAGGUUCUAUUUUGUCAUUUUGCUGAAAAAUUUAAGGAACAGUACGGCAUUGACGUGUAUUCUAAUGUCAGAGCAUGUAUUAGGCUGCGUGCAGCUUGUGAGAAAUUAAAGAAAGUUUUGAGUGCAAAUGCAGAGGCACCUCUGACUAUUGAGUGUUUGAUGGAUGAGAUAGAUGUUAAGGGCUUUAUCACCAGGGAAGAGUUUGAGAAGCUGGCAUCAGGAUUAGUGAAGAAAAUUUAUUUUCCUUGCAGCAAAGCAUUGACUGAUGCCGGCUUGACUGCGGAGAAGAUUUCUUCUGUUGAGCUAGUUGGUUCAGGUUCUAGGGUUCCAGCUGUAGGCUCAUUAUUAACUAAAUUAUUCAAGAGAGAGCCCAGUCGGAAGCUGAAUGCAAGUGAGUGUGUAGCUCGGGGUUGCGCUCUACAGUGUGCAAUGCUUAGUCCCAUAUACCGUGUGAGAGAAUAUGAGGUCCAGGAUGUUAUUCCUUUUACAAUUGGACUUUCAUCAGAUGAAGGUCCAAUUUCUACAGAGUUAAAUGGUGUAUUUUUCCCAAAAGGCCAACCCAUUCCGAGUGUAACAGUCCUACCAUUUCAACGAACUAAUUUGUUCCACUUAGAAGUCUUCUAUGCCAUUCCAAACGAACUACCAUUCGGGACAUCGCAAAAAAUCAGUUCCUUCACGAUUGGUCCUUUGGAUGGAUCCUAUGGUAGCAAGGCAACAGUUAAAGUCAGAGUCCUACUAAAUCUGCAUGGAAUUGUCAGUAUUGAAUCAGCCACAAUGAUCAAAGAUCACAUGGAUGAUUCAGUUACAGUGAGUGAUCAUUCAAAUUCUGAUCCAAUGGAUAUUGAUCCCCCAUUUGAGACAGUUGCCAAUGGUGUUGAAGAUAGUACAAAUAAGAAGUGUGAAUCUCCUCAAAGUUCAACUGAUGGUACAAGGAAAGAUAAAGCUAACAGAAGGCUUCCUGUGCCAGUCAAUGAGAUUAUCUAUGGUGGAAUGGAAAAGGCAGAGAUUUCGGAAGCUCAUGAAAAAGAAGUCCAGUUGGCCCAACAGGACAGAACUGUGGAGCUAACCAAAGAAAAGAAGAAUACUUUAGAGUCUUAUGUCUAUGAGAUGAGGAGUAAGCUCUUCAACACAUAUCGGAGCUUUGCCAGUGACCAAGAGAGGGAUGACAUAUCGAGGAGCCUUCAAGAGACUGAGGAUUGGCUUUAUGAGGAUGGUGAUGAUGAAACUGAACAAGCUUAUUCUUCAAAACUGGAAGAUCUGAAAAAGCUUGUCGAUCCAAUUGAGAAUCGGUAUAAAGAUGAAGAAGAACGAACACAAGCCAUAAGAGACUUAUCAAAGUGCAUUUUAGAUCUUCACCAACUUGCAGAUUCCCUUCCACUUCAAGAUAAAGUACUGAUCAUCAAUGAAUGCAGUGAAGUAAAGAGGUGGCUAAGUGAGAAGAUGCAACAACAAGAUUCUUUUCCUAAGAAUGUUGAUCCGAUAUUAUGGUCAAGUGAUAUUAAGAGCAGGACAGAGGAUUUAAACUUAAUGUUCCAGCGGAUAUUGAAAUCCAGGGCUUCUCCAAGUCCAGAAUACAAAGACAAGCCUGAUACUUCCAAUCAUCAAUGAAUACAUUGAUGGGGCGCUACUUCCUGAACUUUAAGUUAAGACACAAGUAUUCUUCACUGAUACCAUCUGACAAAUAUAGAAAUUUUUUUAGUUGCAUUUUUCGUUUGUUCUCACUCCUCCCCUCCUAGGCUGUGAGGAUCUGAAAGAGGCAAGUUUAAGUAGAUGGUGUCAUUGACAAUCAUCAGUGAAAUCAUUUGUUCUUCCAAGGUGUCCAGCGUGUUGUAUUUUGAUACUCUAUCUAAUCUGUUAUGAUGCAACAUAGUUUUUUCAAGUGAAUCAAAUAGGUUCUGCUUAAGGGGAGAACAAAAUAUACGUCCAUUAUGUAUGUAGUUUAUUGGCACUUGUUUCUGCAUUGUGCUCAAAGAAGUUUUUGCAAAAUUGAUUGGUCUACCUGUAAUAGUAUUGGAGUCUGAAGCUUGAAGCAUAUGAUAUUGGAUGAAAAUUAAAUCA